UCGUCAGCUUCCUUCAUCCUUCAGUCUCUUUCGUCACAGCCAUUAUAUUACCUUUCUCUCUCUCUCAUGAGAGAUUUUUAAAGGGCCGACCUAACUUCUACACUUUUUAUUUACUUCAAAUUCAGAUCAAUCCAACUGUAACUAGUUCAUGUAUUUGUUGUAUCAAAUGUGUGGUUCAUAUAUUUGUUGUAUCAAAUGUGUGUAUAAAGUUUGCGAAUCAAGAAACUCAGAUUAGAAAUAAAAAAGCAAAAGAAGUAAAAAUAAGAAAUGGAGAACGGAGAAGUAGAGAACACAGGAGUUUCCUCGUCGGAAACCGUCAACGGCGGCGAAGAUGUAUUUAGUUCUAAAGAAUCCGAUGCUUCCUCCGCCGAUCAUCUUGUUAUGAUGGUCCAUGGUAUUCUCGGAAGUGCCUCGGACUGGAAAUUUGGUGCUGAGCAGUUUGUUCGGAAUCUUCCUGACAAAGUUUUUGUUCAUUGCAGUGAACGUAAUAUGGCUAAACUAACAUUGGAUGGUGUGGAUGUAAUGGGCGAGCGGUUGGCUGAGGAGGUUCUUGAAGUGAUCAAAAGAAAGCCAGGUUUGAAGAAAAUUUCUUUUGUUGCACAUUCUGUUGGAGGAGUAGUGGCAAGAUAUGCAAUUGGGAAAUUAUAUAGACCUCCAAGAAUGGAGAAUGUGGAGAAGCUCUCAGCCGAUGCCAGUGAAGAAGGGUCAAAGGGCACAAUAGCUGGCCUGGAACCAAUAAAUUUUAUCACUGUUGCAUCACCUCAUCUGGGUUCAAGGGGUAACAAGCAGGUGCCAUUUCUUUUUGGUGUAACUGCCUUUGAGAGAGCUGCCGGUCUUGUUGUUCAUUGGAUAUUCAAGAGAACUGGUCGGCACCUUUUUCUUAAUGAAGAUGAAGGAAAGACUCCAUUACUGAGACGGAUGGUGGAAGAUGAUGGUGAAUUACACUUUAUGUCUGCUUUGGGUUCAUUCAAGCGAAGGGUCGCAUAUUCAAAUGUUGGUUAUGAUCAUAUUGUAGGUUGGAGAACGUCAUCAAUUAGACGUAAUACUGAACUGCCCAAGUGGGAGGACUCCUUAAAUGAAAAGUAUCCUCACAUUGUGUAUGAAGAACAUUGCAAGACGUGCGAUAGUGAGCAGAGUGAAUCUGUUGUAAAGGAAGAUGAUUGUUUUGACAAGCUAGAAGAGGAAUUGGUGACUGGUUUGUCUCGGGUGUCUUGGGAGAAAGUAGAUGUCAGCUUUCACAGCAGUAGGCUCAGAUUUGCUGCACACAGUGUUAUUCAGGUGAAAGAUCAAUAUAUGCAUGCAGAAGGUGCUGAUGUUAUACAACAUAUGAUAGAUAAUUUUCUUCUAUAGAAGUCAAUCGAAUCUGAAGCACAUUGGAUUGCCGUGGAAAAUGCUGAAUUUACAAGGUCGGAAUUAGAGUAUUGUCUCACUAUUACCGCAUGCAGGAACUUUAACCGAGAAGCAUAUUCAGAAGUUUUGUUAAUUCAACUGUCCCUUAGUGUACCCUAAACCUGUUUCAUUCUCAAUGAAAAAGCAUUAAUUAAUUUUCCAUGUUAAAAGACUUUCUUACUUUUUUGCACUGGAGGUUGUAGGAUAUCAACCUCCAAACCAUUUUUCCUGUCUCCCGCUACUUUAGUACAGUAGGCAAUUGGGAAUACAAAGUUGCAUUAGGAUAA